AUGUCAGAGAAAGAGGAGAAGGCUGUGGAAGCUCUCCUGCUGGUAGAUGAAGAUCUAGCAGCAGGAAGUUGGUCCCCUGUCAGGGAAAAGGAGAUCUUCUUCUUCCCCAAGGCGAAUAGAAUGCAUUAUGCUGACAGCAGCAAGGACAAACGUGCCGUCAGAACAUCUCCAACGAGAUCCUCCGCAGAGACGAGGGUCACCCCUGCACACAAGGACUCGCAGGAAGAGUCGUUUGACGACCUCGGACUGCGCGAGAGCAUAUUGCGAGACCUCCGAUGGAUACAAGACAAUGACGAUGAGCGUGUGAUGGAAAUCAUGAGACCGCGUGUCAUCUCAUUGGAGCAAGAGACAAGAGAGCAAGGUCAUCCGCAUGAAUGCGAGAGACCUCAUCACAACGCCGAGAACGAACUCCAUCGCUCGAACCCGGCAGAACCGAAACAUGAGGAGGACAAGGAGGAGCACUGCCCGGCUUCGCCUGAGAACAACAAGAACGAGCACUUGAUAGCGAGGAUGUUGUCCAAUACCCCUUCAAGUCCUCCCGGCUUGACUCCCAAGGCUGUCAUGAGCAUCCGCUCUCUCAGCGGAAGGACGGCGAAGCAAGUUUACACAAAGGUGGGCUAUCCGCGGUCGGCGAGUGUCCUGUCAAAGCGAAACGACGCGGAGAGAAGUGGCAACGAGCGAGCUCGGGGGGAGAGGCUCAUGACGGCUCCUACUCGCAACCGCAGCCAUGAGAUGGGAUUGGAAACCUCCUCCCCCGCCUCUCGGGAAACCUCUCGCGCAGGGAGACAGGCGUUUCAGGGGCGUGGGGGAACUUUGGGGAACAAGCAGGAGUGCACAGAAGACUUUCAUCGGACGGAGGCUCACUAG